AUGCCUGAUGCACGUCUUGUCGACUCGAAAUCAACUUUCGCCUCGUUCGCGCAUAUCCUCGAUGCGCGUUUACUCCGCGCUCUUGCGGACAUGGGCUUUGCAAGGCCGACACUGGUUCAAACGAAGGCUAUACCUUUGGCACUCGAAAAUCGUGACAUACUUGCCAGAGCACGCACGGGAAGCGGAAAGACAGCCGCGUAUUGUAUACCAAUCGUGCAGAAGAUAUUGAAUGCCAAAGCUAACAUCGCUACGGAGGAUUCUGCGAGACAAGCCACACGUGCUUUGAUUCUUGUUCCUACCAGAGAAUUGUCGGAGCAAGUCUCCACGCAUCUCAAUGGCAUCUUAGCAUAUUGUGAUAAGGAUGUCACCACAGCCAACGUCUCCACGGGAACGUCUGCUCACCUGCAGAGAACGUGGCUAUCAGACAAUCCAGAUAUUGUUAUUGCCACUCCCUCUCGCGCGUUAGGGUUGCUACAGGCGAAGACGCUAUCUCUUACUUCCCUCGAUUCACUUAUCAUUGAUGAGGCCGACUUAAUCCUGUCUUACGGUCAUGACGAAGAUGUGCGCCAGAUUCUGAGCGGCGGGUUCCUGCCGAAGGUGUUCCAGUCAUUCCUUAUGAGUGCGACCAUGACCGAGGAUGUUGAAACACUAAGGGGUCUUACCCUCCGAAGUCCAGCGAUCCUGAAGCUGGAGGAAGAUGAAGACGAGGCAGCAAACUUGACCCAGUACUCCGUCCUUUGCUCGGAAGUGGACAAGUUCCUUCUCACCUACGUUAUUCUCAAGCUCAAUCUCAUCAAGGGCAAGUGUAUUCUGUUCGUCAACGAUGUUGACCGGUGUUACCGCCUCAAGCUGUUCUUGGAGCAAUUCUCAAUCAAGAGCUGUGUACUUAAUUCUGAAUUACCUCUCAACUCCCGAUAUCACACAGUCCAGGAAUUUAACAAGGGCGUCUACGACUACAUCAUUGCGUCUGAUGAGAGCACGGGCCGCCAUGAGCAGGAUGACGACGAUGAGGUGCAGAACGAAGAAGAUGACGUAGACUGUGACUACACUACCACGCAACGUGAGCUAUCAGGCGAGGCCAACGAAGGGGAUAAUGAGGCCGAUGAACCUUCAACCUCACGGAAGAUCCUCAAACGUAAAAGACGCGGAGGCUCACCACUCGGGGACGACGCAUCCUCCAAGUCGAAGUCAAGUAAACGCAAGCAACGCAAGCGCAACGCAGACGCCGAGUACGGUGUCUCGCGCGGUGUGGACUUCGUCGACGUCUCAUGCGUGAUCAAUUUCGACCUCCCAUCUUCCGCGCGUUCCUAUACGCACCGCGUCGGGCGGACAGCGCGCGCGGGGCGCUCGGGCAUGGCGCUGUCGUUUGUUGUCCCGCGCGAGCAAUGGGGCAAGAACAAGGUAGUGGGAUGUGUUGAGAGCGCGAAGGCAGACGAUGCGGUCUUUGCGCGGAUCGGGCGCGAGCAGGCCGCACGCGGUAGCCAAAUCAAAGAGUACAACUUUGACAUGAAGCAGGUGGAGGCGUUCCGGUACCGAAUGGAGGACGCGCUGCGAGCCGUAACGAGAAGUGCUAUCAAGGAGGCGAGGAUCAAGGAGCUCAAGGCAGAGAUCCUGAAUUCUGACAAGCUGAAGGCGCACUUUGAGGACAAUCCGCUGGAUCUGGAAUACCUACGGCACGACAAGCCUCUACACCCAACGCGGGUGCAACCGCACAUGAAGCAUGUCCCCAAGUACCUCUUGCCCCGCAUUGCGUCUGUGCCUGGCACCUCAGACGGAGCUGUUGGGGUUGGGAGUGGUGGCGGGGAAGCAGGCUUUGUGCCCUUCAGCAAGAACGGCGCGCGUGGUCGUGGUCGCGGUCGCGGUCGCGGUUGUGGUGGACGGGGUGGCGGGGGCAGUAGUAGAGGCAGGAAGAAAUCCGAUCCGUUGAAGAAAUUUGGACGAUAG